AUUGGACAGGACAGGAGUGAUUAUCAAUAAAUUGAUUACCACCUACGUAAGGGCUUAGUAGAAGGACAAUCCUGUGCCGUGCCACCCAUCUUUCCCCACCCUCCACAUUCACAGUUCGUACUCCAAAAUACAUACUGUCAUCAAGUCAACAAACUCACAACAAUUAUCUAUUCCAUUAAUCGCGGCAUAACUCAUUUCCCUCAAUAGACCAACAACAAUAAACCACGUAGGUGGUAUCAUUACCUACCUAGGUACCCUUUAAUAAGAAAUACCAACUUUUCGCUGACUAUACCUAGGUAGACGGAAAAGAUAACUCGUCCUUAUUUACUUUCAUACUCCUAAUAGUUGCUAUCAUCUUGAAGCCAUCUAAAGUUACUCCGAAGCUCUUGUGAACAUGGCCGCCUCCCCUACAACCGUUCUAUUCCGCAUCGCACCUCUGCUGUCUUCCACAGCAGCUGUCUCCAUGACGCUGUGCGAGGAUGUAUUUUUUCGACCUCUCGGGACGCCACACUCGACAGUGCGACCGCAGGCGAACCGAAUUCUUGCUACCAACUUCAAGUCUUGCGCGCCGUAUGCCAUGUCCAUGACAGCAACGUAUUACUUCUCGGCUAUUGGUGUUGCAAUUGCAAAUGUGACUCUCCGAGGCGGUGUACUGGCACUUUCCGGAUCAUCGGCCGCGGUACCACAGCGUCUUGCUGCUGGCUUCUAUAUUGCCGGUGCUAUCUUCAACGCCUUGCACUUUGCUUUCGCUCCAAGUGACAUAUCCCUCAUGGACAUCAUCAUGGACCAAUCUAAGGCCGACUCGGAUAAGGGCAAAGACAACUGUACUGCUAUGGCUGAUUGGGUUAAAUUGAACGUGUGGCGCGGAUUCUUGGCGGAUUUUCCAGGUUUUGUGUGCAACCUCAUUGGGUUCACCCUGUCACUGACUUAAUUGAAAAGAGGCAUUUAUGAAGUUGGUACUUAAGGAUUUUUCAAAAUCAGAUCAUGGGAGGCUAUUUUCGUUAACUGGAUCAGUGGUGAGGGGGUUUUCAGGUCGACUCGUUUUUCUACGCCUCUGCAAUAAUUAUAAUAUUUACGACGCGGCUAGUACCCCGAAUUCGGGUUGAAUUUUACCAAUUAUUAUAUGAUAU